AUGGACGCUACUCAGGGGAAAUUGCAAAAAUCCUUGGCACGGUUCAAGGAAAGAAUCUCGAAUGGGUCUUACUAUGAGGCUCAACAGACAAUGAGGGCGAUUAUCAACAGACACGUCAAUUCUGGAAAUUAUGACUCGGCUGUUGAACUGCUCUACCAAAGUUCCAAAAUUCUGAUGGAGUUCAAGAGAUACGACGAAGCCUGUGAUCUCCUUCUCUACAUGAUUGAAGUGUUUGAAAAGGAAAAUAAAUCAGUGGAAGAAUUUAAAGCUCAUGAUCUCAGUAAGCUGAUCGAACUCAUCAAUGUUAUUCCUGACGAGGAUCCAAACAUCCUAAACCUCGCCAAGGAAGUUUCCAAGUUUGCUGUGAAGAAGAGUGGGUCAGAAGGUGGAUUUCCAGCUCUCAGCUUUGUCAUUGGUUCUAAGCUGUACUACAGCGGUUCCGUGGACCAGAUAAAUGCUAGCGAGCACUACCUUCUCGUCAGUGGAACGCCUGAGAGCUUGCAGAUGCUUGUAGACCUAGAAUUUGGUGCAUACUUGCUUGACCAGCCUAAUACCUUAGGCAUUUAUCUUGCGAGACUGGUGAUUCCAUACGUUACUUUCGGUAACCUGAAGCUGGCAAGAAAGUCCGUCGUUGACAUAAUAUCAAAGCUUAAGGAGAGCGAUAGAGCAGGCCUGUUUUCCUUCCAGCAGAGCGGCGAUUUGCAAAUUCUGGAAUUGGGAACGGAUACCGAUCUACAUGAUUGUUACGGACUGGUGAAUUUCCUACAAUUGCUGAUCGAGGUUUGCGAACGUGCCAACAGCGAAAACGCUGCAAACUUCAAGUUGCUUGUAAACAGGUACUUCCAGCUGCUGGAAAGGAACAAUCUUGCUCUCAAAGUGAAUGCUAUUGGGGAAUCGUAUUUUGGCGUCUCUAUCGUUCAGAAAAGUGCAAACAUGUUACAGGAGAUGAUGUCAGGGCUUUUGGGAGGUGGCAAAUAAACCUAAUAAGUGUCCUUUGCAGGCUCUUUGUCGAGCAACACGUUCGAGUGUUCAUCAUACUCUACGUUCGUGCAGUCUUUGCGAAUCCGGGACUCGCCUAGCACCUCUGCUAGCUCAUACCGCUUUGCCUUGAGAAGCUCGUGCUUCGCUUCCUGAUAUGUGCACCACUUUCUACUCCGGUUCUCCAUUUCAGGCCAUUUAUCACAUAGCUCUUGAAUCUCCAUCUCAUAGAAAUGAAACUCGCUUCGAGGUAUCUUUUCACUUUCGAUCGUGGUGGGUAUAUUCUUAGAGUCCUUGCGAUACCGUAGAUCUUCAACAACCGGUAGCUUGCCAAGUAUCUUCCCCACGGCCCCCGCCUCUUCCCACGUCUCGCGAGAAGCUGUUUUGCGGAAGCUGUCGAUCUCAUCGGACUCAAUUCCACCCUUAGGCAGAAUCCAGCGGUCCUUGUGUUUGGCGGAGGAGAUCAUCAGCACCUUUGAAUGGUCGGGAUUCAGAACAACACAGCCAGCAACCAAACGUGCACCGGUUUUCUUGUUGAACAGCUGGUGUUUGCGACCCUCGCGUGCCUCCACGGUCUUCUCAAAUUCAGUGGCACGGUCCGCAGAAUUGCACACCUCCACAUCAACAUAGAUACUAUUUUUA